AAACACUCAUAAUACACCAAGCCAACACAGUUGCGUCGGUUCAGAUGUCUCUAAUCACUCAACGCGAGUAGUUGGUGGUUUUUAUUCUCUGUUAUUUUACGCGUAACGUAGAGGAUUGGCUAGUUGUGUUAUAAAGAUAUCGGUUAAUCUCGGCACGUCCAUUACUAGUGGUUUAGUGUUAAAACGUAGACAUUUAUUUGCUUUGUAGCUAGCUUGGCUAGCUCUGUUCGACUCAGAAAAGUAAUCGUGUCGAUAUUUGUUAGCCUAGCUAAUUAUCCUACGGGUGAUCAUUGGUUGUUUUAGCUUGUUAUUUUCAUGGACAUCAGGCCAAGUAAUUGCCCUUUGUUCAACAACUCUUGACUGACUUUUUGACUACCAGCGACAAUUUGUGAGACACGGCAUAGUGUAUUUUUUUCCGAGCUAUACCUUCUUAGCUCGUAUUAUACCGAAACGAGAACUCCAAACAAACAAAGAAGGUUUUGUAUAGAAGCUAGGUUAGCUAGCAAAUAUAGCUGGCUGGCUGGCUGGCUUGCUAGCUACGUUAGCUAAACAGUACUGACAAUUAAAUCUAAUUGGUUCCAAGUUAGAUAACCAGCCAAAUAUCUUUAACAUGGCUCAACACAGUCAUACUCAGGUUGCGAGCUCGCAAAAGGCACUAAUGCUUGAAAUGAAAAGUCUUCAAGAGGAACCAGUCGAAGGUUUCAAAAUAACACUGGUGGACGAAGCAGACUUGUACAACUGGGAAGUAGCCAUUUUUGGACCCCCCAACACACAUUAUGAAGGGGGAUAUUUUAAGGCCCGAAUCAAGUUUCCCAUCGACUACCCUUACUCUCCCCCAGCCUUCCGCUUCCUCACCAAAAUGUGGCACCCCAACAUUUAUGAGAACGGUGAUGUGUGCAUUUCCAUCCUGCACCCUCCUGUGGACGACCCCCAGAGCGGAGAGCUGCCCUCUGAGAGAUGGAACCCCACACAAAACGUCAGGACCAUCCUGCUGAGUGUGAUAUCUCUGCUGAACGAACCCAACACGUUCUCCCCGGCCAACGUGGACGCCUCCGUAAUGUACCGCAAAUGGAGGGACAGCAAGGGCAAAGAGCGCGAGUACGGCGAAAUCAUCAGGAAACAGGUGUUGGCCACCAAGGCUGACGCUGACCGCGACGGUGUGAAGGUACCCACCACGUUGGCAGAGUACUGCAUACGCACGCGAGCCCCCGCCCCCGACGAGGGUUCCGACCUCCUUUACGAUGAUUAUUAUGACGAUGACGACCUCGAGGAAGAGGACGAGGAUGACUGCUGCUAUGCCGAGGAUGACUCCGGCAACGAGGAGUCAUGACAACUCACCGGCUCGUCUUUCAUCCACCCCCACCCCCCUAACCCCUCCUAAAAAAAAAAAAACACACACACACUUAACUGCAACAUCUCAUAAGCGCGCACACACACACACACACAAACGCCCCCUGCCUCCCGUCCCACCCGUAUACACACUCAUGGACUUCUACCACAGAUACUAAUGCCAACAUGCAUACACACACACACACACACACAUACACAACCUGUUGCACACAGACAAGCAUGCAACCCCCCCUCUGUCCCCCUCCUGCUGUGGACAGACAGAUGUUGAAAUGGACUACAGAAAUUUCUAGAGUUUAUUUCUAAUAUUAUUCCUUUUUUGUUUAUGAUCUUUUCCUCUUCCUGUUAUUUUUUUUCUCAUCUUUUUUAGACGAUGAAGUGGCAUCCCAUUAUUCAUCCCUUCCUCUUGGUUUUUUUCCCUCCUUCCAGGGUUUUCCAUGCUGCGUGUUCUCUGGCCUGUGUUGAUAUGCCCUUUUGCACCCCCCACUCUUCCCACGUUUGUGUGUGUGUGUGUGUUUACCUUUCACUGCUGAGGCGCUGCAGGUCAGAGUGCUUCUUUUGCGUUCACCAGAACAAACCCAUAUUACCAGAAUUAUCUGGGAGCAUCCUAUCUAGGUAAACCACAGGAUGACAACAAACUGCAUAAGCAAGCAGAAGGCCAGCGUAAGGUGAAGGAAAGGAAAGUGUACCUCUGGCCUUUGGAGAGCCUCUCUCAGAAAGAGCGAGUGUGAGAGUGGAAAAGUGUGAAUCAUCUGGAGUCUGCUGGGAACACUACAUCCCCAUGCUCCCCUAAUGCCCCUCCAGUCAGAAAGGACAAACCCCAUCAAUUUGCUGAAAUGGCCUCAACUGUAGUGGGGUGAAACAAUACAAAAGGACAUUUUUUCAGAGCAGAGUGCUAUCAAUGUGUGUGUGUGUGUGUGUGUGUGUGUGUGUGUUUCCUACCACCCACCACACAUGAAAGAAUAGAUCCGUUUCAUGCAGGAGUGUUGUCCUGAGUCGGAAGGGGUCUUGACAUGACACUACCACAUCAUUCAGCUUCAGACUUCAAAAAGGAACCAUAGCUUAAGCCACUGGCAAGGUUGGGUUUGAUGGUUUCCAUUUCAUUUUUCCAAUUUUUUUUGUGUGGUGGAGAUCAUGGUUCAUGUUUUGCUGUCGCCAUUGUUACUCUUCGUAUAUUAGUGUGCUUGUUUUGUUUGCCUGAUUCGUGGGUGUCGGACGGGCAUCUCUAAAUGAUAGAUGGACAAAUAGGGGGAAACAAACUUGGAGGAAAUGAUUUUAUCGAUUUGAUUGAAUUCCAGUUUAAAAUGGAUUUAUACACAAAUUAUGUACCCAUAUUGUGUUUUUAUCAUAAUGAGAAUUUAUUUAAUGUGUGCGUGUGUGUAGGUUUCAUGCUAGGAGCUGGUGCUAGCGAUGGAUUGGGUGCGUUUCCUGAAUCUUUAUUCUCAAGCGAUUGUGUAUGGUAUUGAGUCACUGAUGGCAUCAACUUUUCCUCUCCCUGCUACUCUUUCAGAUCAGAUGCUGGGUGAGGGGUGCUUGUAGCCCACCCAAGAACCAUGGACAAUGUACUUGGUUUUUUUUUUUUUUUUUAGUUUUUUAAAGAUGUUUGAGAGUGUUAAGAGCUGAAAUGCUGACACUCCUAAUGUCCUUUUCCUUUUCGCGUUGAAUUCAACGAUACUGGAGAGUGGGUUGACCUUACUCUGUGAGAGCAAGCUGUGUCUCUACCCUACCUCCUCUCCCUCUUCUUAGCAACAGAGAGACUGGUGUGACCUGUUCCCUGUUUGGAUCGAACUUGUGUUUUUCAACUCAGGACACUCCCAACAAAACACAAAGACAGCAGCAACAACAAAACGUGUAUGCUUUAAAAAAUACUGUCAUGGCCCCUGGGCUCUUUAGUCAUCACUUUUAAGGUUUACAGCUUCUCACACUCUUGUUCAAGUGCACGUGGAAGUUAUGGGCGCUCCUUUUACUUACCAAUCUAUAAGUUUUAUUUUAUUUUUUCUUGUUUUUUAAUGGUUUGUUGGUCUAUUUAAAUGCAAAUGGAAAUAAAGAACUUUAUUAGAAAAUA